UAUUUGGAUUACGACGUCUGUCGUCUGUACCUUUCGUCGUUUAUUGUACCCCUCUUUUCAAGUUUUAUUUGCAACUCCUAGUUGAAAAGCAAAAUUGUUUACAAUAUCCAAAUUAAGAAUUAAUUUUAUCGUUGAAUAACAAGAGGGGGUUAUUAACACCAAAGUGUGCGAGUGGUUUAUAUGAUUGGCAGAUAAUCCCUAAUUAAAUUAAACGGAUUAUGGUAUUUGGAGGCAUGCUGUAAAUUCUCAUAAUUAGAUUCGGAACAAAAAUUUAUAGGGUGUGGGGCUCGCCUGGCCAAAAUAGAACACUGAAGUCACCGUAUUCCAAAUAUAAUAAUGGAUGCCACCAGUAAAAGAAGCCGUGGCUUAGUCAUAUUUUCAGAGGCUUUACUGCUGCUAUGUAUGACGCCUUGCCUUUUCCAAUCCGUUGAAGCUGCUAGCAAUUCCAAAGUGUUUGAGCUUACGGACCGCUUUAUAGAUGUACGCCACGAAGGACAGUGGUUGGUAAUGUUCUAUGCCCCCUGGUGUGGCUAUUGCAAAAGGACAGAACCCGUUUUCGCUUUAGUGGCCCAGGCCUUGCAUGCCACCAAUGUAAGAGUGGGUCGUUUAGAUUGCACCAAAUAUCCAGCAGCGGCCAGAGAAUUUAAGGUGCGCUCUUACCCUACCAUAACAUUUAUCAAAGGCAACAUGGAGUACACAUACUCUGGCGAUCGUAGCAAGGAUGAAUUGGUUGACUAUGCUCUAAGGAUGAGUGGGCCACCAGUGCAACUUGUCACCCGUACGGAAAGUGUUGACAUGUUGAAAGGAUCUCAUACCAUAUUCUUUAUGUUUGUCGGCUCGCAGGAUGGCAUUGUUUGGGAUACAUUUUAUGCCGCCGCCGAAAGCUAUCAGGAGCAUGGUUUCUUUUAUGCCACCACCGCUGAUGUGGCAGCCCAGCAUUUUGAAUUUGAGCAUUUGCCUGCUGUUAUUGUUUACAAAGAGGAACAGCACCAUUUCUAUCCCCAUGCCCACAAAGCCCACGAGAUGGAUCCAUAUUUGGUUAAUGAGACCAUACAUCAGUUUGUGAAUGUGGAACGAUUUGUUGCCUUCCCCAAAAUUACGCGUUUCAAUAUAAAUCAGCUGUUUAAAACCAAAAAGUUUUUGGUGGUAGCUGUCGUCGAGGAGGAUAAACUUAACCAAGUAGCCACACAUGAAUUGGAAUUUCGUGAUAUGGUGGAGACGGUCAUACGCAAACAUCGUGACCGUUAUCAUGAUAAGUUUCAAUUCGGUUGGAUUGGUGAUCCAAGUAUUGCGCAUUCCAUUAUUAUGGAUGAAAUGCCCACACCCCACAUAAUAGUCAUCAACUCUACCACACAACAGCACUAUUUGCCUGAUGAUGAUCCCAUGCAGAUGACGCCACAGGCAUUACACAUAUUCCUAGAAAGCAUUCACAAUGAGAGUGCCAUAGCCCUGGGAGGUGAUACGUUCUUGGUACGCCUCAAUCGGCUCAUGUUUGAAGGCAAGAAGGGCAUUGUCGAAAUGUGGCGUGGAAAUCCUGUGCUGACUUCCGUUAUCUUUGGCCUGCCAUUGGGAUUCCUAUCGUUGAUUUUGUAUUCCAUAUUCUGUGGUGAUUGUCUGGUAACAGAAGAAGAGGAAGAUGACCACGAAAAGAAAGAGUAAUCGUAUGCAUAGCUUGUAGUAGGCUUUGGCAGAAGCAUCAGACAUCUACAAUAACUCAUCUGUUAUACAUUGGACAUAGAGUAGCUCUAACUCUGUUAAAAGUAGUUCUUAACUGCGCUGAGACAUGCCAAAUUUUCUAGUCAAAUUUUUCGUUUGUUUUUUUUUUUU